GAAUCUGGGAUUUGGCCAAAAAUUAAAAGCCUUACCAUUUAAUUCCUUUUAAAGAAAAAGGGAAAGAAUUUGAUUGCCCCCUAUGCACAGUAACAUUCCCAAUCUGCUAAUGGCUCAUCUUCUCCCUGAGAGAAUCUAGGGUUCCGGGAUUUAUUUCUUCGUCUUCCUUCCGUUUGGGCUCCUGGGAUUUCUUCCUCUUCAUCAAUCUCAGCUUCCAAUCUUCCGGAAAGUUCCUGCUUUUUCACUUUUCAAGGGAGGGAAAUAAAAAAUCGAGCUUUGCCAGUCUCUUAAGCCCCAGAUUCCAUGGCGAAAACUCGACCUGGUGUCGGCUCCAAGAGCAAGCCAGGCAGGAGGGAGCUUGAAUCGUACACCAUCAGAGGCACCAACAAAGUUGUCAGAGUGGGCGAGUGUGUGUUAAUGCGUCCAUCAGAUGCUGGUAAACCACCGUAUGUGGCACGUGUGGAGAAGAUUGAAGCAGAUGCAAGGAACAAUGUGAAAGUUCAUGUUCGAUGGUAUUACCGUCCGGAGGAGUCUCUUGGUGGUAGGAGACAGUUCCAUGGAGCCAAAGAGCUGUUCUUGUCCGACCACUAUGAUGUUCAAAGCGGUCACACCAUCGAGGGGAAAUGCAUUGUUCAUACCUUCAAAAACUAUACGAGGCUUGAAAACGUUGGAGCCGAGGAUUAUUAUUGUAGGUUUGAGUACAAGGCUGCUACCGGUGCAUUUACUCCUGAUCGAGUUGCUGUGUACUGCAAAUGUGAAAUGCCAUAUAACCCGGAUGAUCUCAUGGUGCAAUGUGAAGGUUGCAAAGACUGGUAUCAUCCUGCGUGCGUUGGCAUGACUAUCGAAGAAGCAAAGAAGCUGGAUCACUUUGUAUGUUCAGAAUGCAGUUCUGAUGAGGACAUUAAAAGAUCACAGAACGGGUUUACUUCGUCCCCGACGGAUGAUGACAAGGUGGAAGCCAAACGUAGAAAAAGAUGAUGCGGGAUGAUCAUGUGAAGAAGGUGGAGUGAAUGGUGAGUCAACUAAGCUUCUUUUGGUGCAGAUUUUAGUUCGUAGUUUGUAGGGUUUUUGCCUUGUGUGUUGAUGCUGUCCUCUGUUUUCCCGAGAGAGAGAGAGAGAGUUGUAUAGCCUUUCUUCAUUUCAAAAUUUAGGCACUUCGCGUGUGGUGUUUGCUGUUUAUGUCUGAGAAGACAUGAACUGGAAAGGAAACAUCAAAAUCUGGCUCUCGUGUGUUGGAAACUGAACUGUUAGUAAACCGGUUUGAAGUUCUGACGUAAA